AAGGAUCAGUCAGGUUCCUCCCUGCAUAUGCCUCUCCAGUGAGGCCUCAGAAGCCUCGUGGAGCCGGGCAGGAGCUUUGGGAAUGUCAGCUCCCACAAGUUGGUCCUGGGCCCACACUGCCUUUCUUGCCCCUGUCUGCAUCUUUCAAGUGCCCAGAAAGUCAAAGGGUCCCCUUCUGAAAUUUCAGGCUCAUAAGUCACUUCCCCUCCAAAAGUCAUCUUCCUCCAGCUAGACUCCACCCAGUUAGCACUCCCAAAGCUCUGCCAUGGGAGGCAAUCCCACAAUCUCCCCACCAGGACUGGGAGCUUGUAGAACUGCAGAGUUGCUCAAAUUGGUCUGUUUACCAUCUCCAUCUCCCAUGAAUUUUGUCCAAAAUCAUGGGAGAUCAAUAGGAGCUACCUAGAAGUUACUUCGGAGGGGCCUCUGUAACUCCAGACUGCCCUGGAGGCUGGUUGCUGCCAACUGGGUGUUGGUAUAGAGGUGUGUACUUCUUGCCCCGCCUUGCUCCGCCCCGCGGUCCAGUGAUUGGCCAGUUCCGAUCAGUGGGAAGGGCACUCAGAAAGAAGUACCAGGCCAGUGAUGAAGAGAGUACUUUGUGGAACCUCUAGGGUUAGUGUGCUCCAGAUCCCAUCAUGCUUGGCCUCUGGCUGCUCAGCGUCUUAUGGACACCAGCAGUAGCCCCUGGACCUCCUUUGCCCCAUGUGAAACAGUAUGAAGUGGUUUGGCCUCGGCGCCUAGCUGCAUCCCGCUCCCGCAGAGCCCUGCCCUCCCACUGGGGCCAGUACCCAGAGAGUCUGAGCUAUGCUCUUGGGACCAGCGGGCACGUUUUCACCCUGCACCUUCGAAAGAACAGGGACCUGCUGGGCUCAAGCUACACAGAGACCUACUCAGCUGCCAAUGGCUCUGAGGUGACAGAGCAACUGCAGGAGCAGGACCAUUGCCUCUACCAAGGCCAUGUGGAAGGGUACGAGGGCUCAGCUGCCAGUAUUAGCACCUGUGCUGGCCUCAGGGGCUUUUUCCGAGUUGGGUCCACUGUCCACUUGAUUGAGCCUCUGGAUGCUGAUGAAGAGGGGCAACAUGCGAUGUAUCAGGCAAAGCAUCUGCAACAGAAGGCUGGGACCUGUGGGGUCAAAGAUACCAACCUGAAUGACCUAGGGCCUCGGGCAUUAGAAAUAUACAGGGCUCAGCCACGGAACUGGCUGAUACCCAGAGAAACCCGCUAUGUGGAGUUGUAUGUGGUUGCAGACAGCCAAGAGUUCCAGAAGUUGGGGAGCAGAGAGGCCGUGCGCCAGCGAGUGCUGGAGGUUGUAAACCACGUGGACAAGCUUUAUCAGGAACUCAGUUUUCGAGUUGUCCUGGUGGGCCUGGAGAUCUGGAACAAGGACAAAUUCUACAUCAGCCGCUAUGCCAACGUGACACUGGAGAACUUCUUGUCCUGGAGGGAACAGAACUUGCAAGGGCAGCACCCACAUGACAACGUGCAACUUAUCACGGGGGUUGAUUUCAUUGGGAGCACUGUUGGACUGGCUAAGGUGUCUGCCCUGUGUUCCCGUCACUCCGGAGCUGUGAAUCAGGACCACUCCAAGAACUCCAUUGGUGUAGCCUCCACCAUGGCCCAUGAGCUGGGCCACAACCUGGGCAUGAGCCAUGAUGAGGACAUUCCAGGAUGCUACUGUCCUGAACCACGGGAGGGUGGUGGCUGCAUCAUGACCGAAAGCAUCGGCUCCAAGUUCCCCAGGAUAUUCAGCAGGUGUAGCAAGAUUGACCUAGAGUCAUUCGUGACAAAACCCCAGACAGGCUGCCUGACCAAUGUUCCAGAUGUCAACCGGUUCGUGGGUGGCCCUGUGUGUGGAAACCUGUUUGUGGAGCAUGGAGAGCAGUGUGACUGUGGCACACCUCAGGACUGUCAAAACCCCUGCUGCAAUGCCACCACUUGCCAGCUGGUCAAGGGGGCAGAGUGUGCCAGUGGUACCUGUUGUCAUGAAUGCAAGGUGAAGCCAGCUGGAGAGGUGUGUCGUCUCAGUAAGGACAAAUGUGACCUGGAGGAGUUCUGUGAUGGCCGGAAGCCAACAUGUCCCGAAGAUGCCUUCCAACAGAAUGGCACUCCCUGCCCAGGGGGCUACUGCUUUGAUGGGAGCUGUCCCACCCUGGCACAGCAGUGCCGGGAUCUGUGGGGGCCAGGUGCUCGGGUAGCAGCCGACUCCUGCUAUACCUUUAGCAUCCCUCCGGGCUGCAAUGGGAGGAUGUACUCUGGCAGGAUCAACCGGUGUGGAGCGCUGUACUGUGAGGGAGGCCAGAAGCCCCUUGAACGCUCCUUCUGCACUUUCUCCUCCAACCAUGGAGUCUGCCAUGCUCUUGGCACAGGCAGCAACAUUGACACCUUUGAGCUGGUAUUGCAGGGCACCAAGUGCGAGGAGGGAAAGGUUUGCAUGGAUGGAAGCUGCCAGGACCUCCGUGUAUACAGAUCUGAAAACUGCUCUGCUAAAUGCAACAACCAUGGGGUAUGCAACCACAAGAGGGAGUGCCACUGUCACAAGGGCUGGGCACCACCCAACUGUGUACAGCGGCUGGCAGAUGUAUCAGAUGAACAAGCAGUGUCUUCCUUCCCAGUGGUCACCGAGUCUGCGGCUGUCCACAGCACCACAGCCUCGGGAAACUGGCUAGGCCUCAACAGUGGCAUUGUGGGGCUGGGACUCACCACUACCACGUCUUCUAAUCCAUUGCUGGAGAGCCAGAAGAGCUGGUCGUCUACGAGCCUCCCAGUCAGUGUGGUUGUGGUCUUGGUGAUCCUGGUGGCUGCGAUGGUCAUCGUGGCAGGCAUCGUCAUCUACCGAAAGGCUCCGAGACAAAUCCAGAGGAGGAGUGUGGCACCCAAGCCUAUCUCGGGGCUCUCCAACCCCCUAUUCUACACAAGGGACAGCAGCCUGCCAGCUAAGAACAGGCCUCCAGACCCUUCUGAGACAGUUUCUACCAACCAGCCCCCAAGACCCAUAGUGAAACCAAAGAGGCCUCCCCCUGCACCUCCAGGUGCUGUGUCCAGUUCACCACUCCCAGUUCCUGUUUAUGCCCCAAAGAUACCAAAUCAGUUUAGACCUGAUCCUCCCACCAAGCCCCUCCCAGAGCUGAAACCCAAGCAGGUCAAGCCAACCUUUGCACCCCCGACACCACCAGUCAAGCCCGGGACUGGAGGGACGGUGCCUGGAGCAACUCAGGGAGCUGGUGAGCCAAAGGUUGCUCUGAAGGUCCCCAUCCAGAAGAGGUGACCAGCUAGGGCACCCCAGGGCCAUCGUUUGUGGACGUUUGGAGAUACCACUGCUCCUAUAAAUGUGUUCCUUCAGCAACACCACAACCACCACCCAGGCUGGACCUGCACACGCUGUUCCUACCUCAGGAAUAAUCUUUCUGUGGCUCUUGCUGUCCAGAUGCCCUCAUGAACCAGUGGCCUCUCACUGGCCUUGGCCAGCUUAGACCAUACAUCUGCGUAUGCUAGUUGCUAGGCAGGGGCGGUGUACCCUGCAGUGGGCGUGAUCAAGUCUGUCUGUCUCUGGGUGGACAGAAUGCCAGGAGUCCCCUCCCAGCAACUUCUGCACUGGCCCUCACACAGUGACCUCUCUCCAAGGCACAGUUCCUGUAUCUACAUCCCACUCGUGUAUGAGACUUAGGAAAGGAAAAGACGUCGUUCUUGGGGUGUUGGGACAAGAAGUUGCCGUCAUCUCCGGAUUGAAACAGAUUAGUUGUUGAAAUUAUGACUAAACACUAUUCACUAAUAAAGAUUCUAUUUUAUCAAUAGAUUAUAGAUCACAUUCUA